AUGAUCACGGUGCACCCCGAGGGGAAGAUCAUGGUCAGGAGGUGCCUGGUCACCCUGAGACCCUUUCGGCUCUUCGUCCUGGGCAUCGGCUUCUUCUCGCUCUGCUUCCUGAUGGCGUCGCUGGGGGGCCAGCUCUCCGCCCGGCGCCCGGGGGACUCGCCCUUCACCAUCCGCACGGAAGUGCCGGGGGCGCUGGAGUCCCGGGGCGCCCUCCGCAGGAUGAGCGAGCUGCUGGAGCUGGUGGCGAGGCGGGUGGACGCGCUGGCCAGGCUGGAGAACGGCAGCGAGCUGCACCGCGGGCGCGGGCCCCCGGCGCCGGACUGGCAGCCCCCGGCGGCCGGCCUCAUGGAGCGGAUCCAGGCCAUCGCGCAGAACGUCUCGGACAUCGCCGUGAAGGUGGACCAGAUCCUGCGCCACAGCCUCGUCCUGCACAGCAAGGUGUCCGAAGGCCGGCCGGACCAGUGCGAGGCGCCCAGUGACCCCCAGUUCCCUGACUGCUCCGGGAAGGUGGAGUGGAUGCGCGCCCGCUGGACCUCGGACCCCUGCUACGCCUUCUUCGGGGUGGACGGCACCGAGUGCUCCUUCCUCAUCUACCUCAGCGAGGUCGAGUGGUUCUGCCCCCGACUGCCCUGGAGGAACCGCACGGCCCCCCACACGGCCCCCCAGCCCCUCCCCAGGGCCCAGGCCGUUUUCCGGAGCAACCUGACUCACCUGCUGGAGCUGAUGGGCAGCGGGAAGGAGUCUCUAAUCUUCAUGAAAAAACGGACCCGGCGGCUCGCGGACCAGUGGGCACUGGCCGCCCAGCGCCUGGCGCGGAAGCUGGGGGGCGCCCAGAGGGACCAGAAGCAGAUCCUCGUCCACAUCGGCUUCCUGACGGAGGAGUCCGGGGACGUGUUCAGCCCGCGGGUGCUGAAGGGCGGGCCGCUGGGGGAGAUGGUGCAGUGGGCGGACAUCCUGGCCGCCCUCUACGUGCUGGGCCACGGCCUGCGGGUCACCGUGUCCCUGAAGGAGCUGCAGAGUAACCUAGGGGUGCCGCCGGGCCGGGGGAGCUGCCCGCUCACCGUGCCGCUGCCGUUCGACCUCAUCUACACCGACUACCACGGCCUGCAGCAGAUGAGGCAGCACAUGGGGCUGUCCUUCCGGGAGUACCGGUGCCGGCUCCGGGUCAUCGACACCUUCGGCACGGAGCCCGCCUACAACCACGAGGAGUACGCCACGCUGCACGGCUACCGCACCACCUGGGGCUACUGGAACCUCCGCCCCCAGCAGUUCAUGACCAUGUUCCCUCACACGCCAGACAACUCCUUCAUGGGCUUCGUGUCGGAGGAGCUGAACCAGACGGAGAAGCAGCGCGUCAAGGCCGGCAAGGCCCGCAACAUGGCUGUGGUGUACGGCAAGGAGGCCGGCAUCUGGAAGGGGAAGGAGAAGGUGCUGAGCAUCCUGAGCGCGCACAUGGAGGUCCACGGCACCGUGUUCUACGAGAGCCAGCGGCCCCCCGAGGUCCCCGCCUUCGUCAAGAACCACGGGCUCCUGCCGCAGCCCGAGUUCCAGCAGCUGCUGCGCAAGGCCAAGCUCUUCGUAGGGUUCGGCUUCCCCUACGAGGGCCCCGCGCCCCUGGAGGCCAUCGCCAAUGGCUGCGUCUUCCUGCAGUCCCGCUUCCGCCCGCCCCACAGCUCCCUCAACCACGAGUUCUUCCGCGGCAAGCCCACCUCCAGGGAGGUGUUCUCGCAGCACCCGUACGCAGAGCGCUUCAUCGGCAAGCCGCACGUGUGGACCGUGGACUACAACAACUCGGCGGAGUUUGAGGCCGCCAUCAAGGCCAUCAUGGGCACCCAGGUGGAGCCGUACCUGCCCUACGAGUACACCUGUGAGGGGAUGCUGGAGCGAAUCCAUGCCUACAUCCAGUACCAGGACUUCUGCGCAGCCCCGGCCCCCGCCCCGCCAGGGGCUGGAGCCCCAAAGAGCCCCUUCGUCCUGGCCCCCAACGCCACCCACCUCGAAUGGGCCCGGAACGCCAGCCUGGCCCCCGGGGCCUGGCCCCCCGCGCACUCCCUGCAGGCCUGGCUGGCCGCCGCGGGCAGGGCCUGCACGGACGCCUGCCUGGACCGCGGGCUGGUGUGCGAGCCCUCCUUCUUCCCCUUCCUCAACAGCCGGGACGCCUUCCAGAAGCUGCAGGUGCCCUGCGACAGCACCGAGUGGGAGAUGAACCACCUGUACCCGGCCUUCGCCCCGCCCGGCCGGGAGUGCCUCCUGCAGAAGGAGCCCCUGCUCUUCAGCUGCGCGGGCGCCAGCGCCAAGCACCGCCGGCUCUGCCCGUGCCGGGACUUCCGCCGGGGCCAGGUGGCCCUGUGCCGGGCCUGCCUGUGA